UUCACUUUUGAAUUUUCUGUGACCAAAACAUUCCAAUAGUUUUUCAGUUACGUUAUCCAUCACGAAACUUGUUACUGUGGCAUUACAGGUUUAAGUCUGUACAGCAGCAUUGUACAACUGCAAUAUGAGUAAACGUAAGAAUCCAUGUGAAUCUACAAAUCCCAAUGCAGAAUUUUGUGAUUUUUUAAUGGAAUUGGCGGAGUAUGAAAAAAAUGUCAGCCGCAACAUCCAUAAAUAUAAUGCUUACAAGAAAGCUGCGAGCGUUUUGGCUGCGCAGCCUAAAAAAAUUGAGUCUGGUAAAGAGGCAAAAAAACUUGACGGCAUUGGAGAUAAAAUUUCUAAGAAAAUCGAUGAGUUUAUUCAGACUGGAAAAUUAAGAAAAAUUGAAACCAUACAUAAUGAUGAAAAGGCCCAGGCCAUUAGUAUGCUUACACGAGUAUCUGGAGUAGGUCCAGUCAAGGCUGCAGAAUUGGUAAAAGACGGUAUUAUUACUAUUAAAGAUCUUAAGAACAGUAAACAAUUGUUAAAUCAUCAUCAGCUGAUUGGAUUAAAAUACUUUGAAGACUUUGAAAAGAAAAUCCCGCGUUCUGAAAUACAAGCCAUAGAAAAUAAGUUAAAAGCACUUGUCAUUGGCUUUGAUAGUAAUUUUACAAUAACUAUAUGCGGAAGUUUCAGACGCGGAAAAGCAGAAAGCGGCGAUAUUGAUGUUCUAGCGACUCACUCGUCUUUAAAACUGGAAGGAGCAAAGAAAAAACACGGCGAAACAAUGUUAAAAAGAUUAGUUGAUAAUCUUGAAGGUCUCAUUAUCGACGUUAUUUCUAUGGGAGAUACAAAAUUUAUGGGUGUCUGUCGUCUCUCUGACGACUUACCUGCCCGACGUCUGGAUAUACGACUUAUUCCGUGCGAACAGUACCACUGUGCCGUCCUUUAUUUCACGGGCAGUGAUGUCUUUAAUAAGACUAUGCGAACACAUGCUUUGGAAAAGGGUUUCACCCUCAAUGAAUAUUAUUUGAGACCUAUGGGUUCAACUGGCGUUCCCGGCGAACCAGUCCCGAUAGCAUCUGAGGAAGAUAUCUUCGACUACAUUGAAUACCCGUACAAGAAACCAGAAGAACGUAAUUUGUAGAGAUAACAAAUAAAACAAGACAUUGUCAUCAUCAUAUUUAUUCUUAAAAUUGAUAAACGAUAAGGCUUAUUAUAUCACAAGACUUAAAUUUCUCAAGAUAAUACGCUAAUCAUAAUUAAUAAAACUUUAUAAAAUUGACAACAGGUGCUGACUUAAAAAAACAACACUAAUACAAAC